UAGAAUUCAUGUUUAUCAUUUUGUAACUAAAGGCAGAUGCGGCCUUAAUAGUGCGCGGGGCGGUGAACUGUAAGCAACUUCUUUUGUAACGCCUUUGGUACUAUUUGGCCUAUUCUUUCUCCUUUUAAAAAUAGACUAUUGCUUGAGGAAUUUCAUUUCUCUUGUUUGGCCAUCCUAUUAAAAUCUGAUCCUUUAGCAUGCUUAGGAUGGCAUCUUUUGCAUUUGGUUGCUGAAAAUGUCCGACACUGGCAGACUAUUUACAAGAGAUGAAGUUGUGCACCAUCAUUUAAUGGUAUUGGCAGUAAUGCCCGUGAAAGUGUAUCAGGCGUAUAGACCACCAGGUUUUUGUUUCACAUCCAGCCCAGUUGUCUAUGGAUGCCUCUCGGGAGGGACUCGGAGCUGCAUUAAUUCAGAGUAAGAGGUCAGUGCAUGCGCAACAAGAUCUCUUAUCUCUUGUUUGUUUUAAUGCUAACUUUUUUUUUUAUUCUACUAGCAACAUAGGUCACUGGGAUACAAAACAUUUUCGGGCCAUAUACAAAAAAAAGUUUUAAAAAAAAUUGGUACAGGCUGACAGUAUAGCUGAGUUGCCAAAACCACUUUUGCACCUGUUUGAGGAUUGAGCUCGAAUUCCUUCUCGAACUGAUAAUUAAACGCUUCUGGUCUAGACAGGUACCUUGCGACUCUUCCUCUUCUCCUGGCAAAUCAAUUAUGGCCCGUUCUGCUGCUGCAUCGGCUGUAUCAAAGGGCCCAGAAACAAGCAAGAACCUUUUCAUAGACGAGGACAUCUUCCAUGAACAGUUCUUGAGUUGCUCCGUGUGUGACGAAAGAUACAAUCAGAAGGAGCGCGCACCGAAGUUACUCCCUUGCAAUCAUACAUUCUGCUUGACCUGCCUGUUGACGAUUUACGAUCAACCAAAAGAGCCCCAUCUGCCCUACCGUCCAGUAGAAGACAAAAUCUACAGAACCCUAAACUGCCCAAUGUGCAGGAAAGCUAAUUUCCUUAAUCGUAAAAGUAUCAAGGAGCUAACCAGUGACCACCGGGUAGUUCAGAUGAUGGACUUUUUAGCGCAAACGACCAGAAAUUCUAAACAGAUGUGCAUAAAACACGAAUGGCAGCCUGUUAACUUUUUCUGUAAGAAAUGCUUUGUCCCAAUCUGCAGAGAUUGCACUGUCGUAGACCAUAAAGAAGUUGAUGGGCACACAAUCUCAGACAUUUCCAAAGCGAUGCGAGAUUACUCAACCGAGUUGAUUGCUCUUGAAAUUAGAAGCAAAGACAUUUUUUACAAACUGAAGCGAAGGUCAGAUGCUCUAGUUAAUGCCUCAAAUAGGCUGAACAUUUUGGACAGACAAAUAAAAAAAGAGAUUCAAUACGCUUUCGCGGAGUAUCAACAGGACUUACAACAGAGGCAGGAGUCUCUCACUAGCAAGGUCACAGACAUGAUCAAAGAACAAAAGAGCAAAAUACAAUCCAGAUUCGACAUUGUUUGCGAGAAGAGUGAGGAGCUCCAGAAACUCUACCACGAAUUCAAAGCCUCUCGCGCUAACAAUGACAUCUACAAAAUUUUCUCAUUGGCGCAGCAGAUCAAUAACGGAGAGGACGUCUUCUCCGAGAUGGCAAGUCUUGACGACAACGAACUGUUCCAAUCCUGCGAAUUCAAUCGCCAGGGUGAAGACUAUUUCCUGACAAGCCUGAGCGACCUUGGAGAGAUCGAAAGUAAAGUGGACACCAGCUUGAAGGAAACUCUCAGUGAUCAGGAGCUUUUAGCUUUGGGAGAACACCAAGAAGAGACAAGAUUUAGUCGUUUGCAGCCCCAACUACGAGCAUUUAGUCAUACGGAAACACAAGACUAUGACAGCGAUGAAGACGAUAGUAUAGCUACAGAGUAUGAUGACGCGUUUCGAAGAAUGAAUCUACAAGCAUUCAGUCAAGAAGACUGUAAUAGCGAAGAGGAAGACGCACUCGACCUCGACCUACAAAGAUUCAUAGAUGAAUUUCAAGAAUGAAAAAGCCUAUAGACCAGUUCUUUGGGUUAAGACAUUUAUACACAAAUAUAGAGCGAAACACAUACAGACACACACACACUAUCAAUAUAUGCCCUUCUUUGCCAAAUUGAUUACUGCUUUUUUUUUAAAUAUUGUAUGCAUACAUCAACCAAGAAUAUAUGUAAAUAAAACAAUACCUAUAUGGAUGCUUAUUAUGCUCAAACCAGUGGAGUAGCAAGGGAUUUGGGGGCCCGGGGGGGGGGGGGGUUACGCUUUUUUGGGGGCCCCUCUAUUUGACAUUCUGCAUCAUGACAUGAAUAAUGUUGUAAUAUUUAAUAUUUAAUUAAAAAAAAAAAAACGAGCUCUCAUUUGGGGGCCUCCACAAGUGGGGGCCCAGGAGGAUUAGGGAUCUAGAUCUAUAUAUUUUCCUAGAAAUUCUAGAACAAGGUUUUGCUUUUCUAUUUGUUAAUUAUUGUUCAGUAUUUUAUGUAGUAUAGCUACUUUACUUUUUAUUCUUCUGUCCUGAAGUGUCUCUAAGUUUAGUGAUUUUACUAAUGGUGUUACUCUAAUCAAAUAGAAAUAUUCAUUUGUUAUAAAACUCAAUGCUCUAUUUUGUAUUUGUUUUAGCUUAUUUAUGUUUUCUUGACUAGAGGGAUAAAACAUUUUUGGUUGCAGGUCAUUUCAACCCCGGUGACAUCAUUUCCAGUCAUUUCAACCCCGGUGACAUCAUUUCCAGUCAUUUCAACCCCGGUGACAUCAUUUCCAGUCAUUUCAACCCCGGUGACAUCAUUUACAGUCAUUUCAACCCCGGUGACAUCAUUUCCAGUCAUUUCAACCCCGGUGACAUCAUUCCCAGUCAUUUCAUCCCCGGUCACAUCAUUCCCAGUCAUUUCAUCCCCAAUUAAAUUUUUUUUUCUUAGUCAAUGUAUAAUUGUAUUGUUAAGGCUUUGACUUUAAGCCCUCGUUUAAUCUAAUAUGCAAAUAUGUUUAUUUAUAAUGUUUUUUGAUAUUUUUUUACAUCUUAUUAUAGUGUUUAUAGUGUUCUCCCUCGUUGUAAUGCGGGGUUUGUAUUAAGUUAUAUUUGAUAUUGGGGAUGUUAAUGUUAUCCUACGCAUAUUGUAUGAUGUAAUGAUCAAAUGUUUGGUGGAAUUAGUGGAAAUCUUUUGAGAGAUGAGAAAGAUUAGAAUUUAAGGCUAUCAGCUGAUAUCUUAUCUUCUGAUGGCCAUCUUUCACUUUAUCUUUAGUUGUCAAUUGUUCUCUCUUGAACAUGACGUUUUUAUUGUUGUAAUAAACUUGACUACAAGAAAUACACAACAUUAGUCAAAAAAUUACAAACUAUGUACAGCAAUACGAAUCAAUGGAUCGUCUUCUGUACCUAUGGAACGUCUUAUGUACCUACUAUUAAUAGCCUAUCUUGCUGAUUUCAAUGAACUCGCAGAAAUAAUUUUGACAUUAUCUCUAUAACUAUAGAUGUGACAUUUUUAUAUUUUUAAUGACAUUUUAUUCUAUUCUUAUUUAAUGUGGCAUUCUUUUUGUUAUGAAAAUAAAAAUAAAUAUAUGAAAUAUUGUUAA